AUCGGACCAGCGGUUCUACCCGUACUCUGCCGGCGGACUCGACUACGGGCCCGGCUUCCAGCGCUACGUCGACCCGGCGAGCCGGUUCGAGUUCCGGUACCCGGCGAAUUACGUGCAGGACCAGGCCGUCUUCCUCCGCAACGCCGACCGAGCCUACGCGCAGCGGACGAUGGACCCGGCGCUCGCAGCCGCUCGCGGCGGCGCCGCCGCCCGGGCGCCGCCGCGCGGGAGCGGGCCUGACGUCGCGUUUGGACCUCCCGGCCAGGCGGGCGAGGAGAACCUGAGCGUCGUCAUCGGCAGCCUGGUGGCCGGCUUCAGCCUGCGCGGCACGCUGGGCCCGCCCGCCGAGGCUGCGGAGCGGCUGCUGCAGUCGAGCAUCGCAAAGCCGGGCGUGCGCGAGACGACACUUCUCGGCUCCUUCGAGCGGGCCUCCGCACAGACCGGGCUGCCGCUCUACCAGUUCGAGUAUAAGGUCGAGUACCCCUCCCUGAACAAGGCGCCGACCUACACUGUCUGCGUCGUCGGCGCCAAGCGGGACAACCUUUUCACGUUUGCGUCCCGCGUGCCCGCGGCCGAGUGGGAGGCGCGCCCCGAGGUGGCGGCGCUGCUGGCAGGAGCGGAGCUCGGCAAGCCGGCGGCGGGGUGGGGCGCGAACCCGUUCCCAGACUUCACGGGCUGCGCCGCGACGGUCAAGGGGGUGGUGCAGGAGUCGCGGGCGGGCCAGUUCCGCCACGAUCUUCACAUGGUCGUGUGUAAGGAGGAGUGCCUGCCCGAGACGAUGAUGUGGAAGAAGGCGGGCUGGUCGCUCGCGCCGCUCGACCAGUGGAAGGUGGAUGUGCGGGCUACGCUGCUCUGCCCCUCGGCGCUGCUGAUGCCGGCGGAGAGGUAUGGCUCGGACGAGGUUUACGCAGAGGCUGUCGCCAGCGUGCAGAAGCAGAUGACCCAGGCGUUUCAGAUUUACCAGCUGCGAGCCAACGUGCAGCACAGCGGCCAAAAGGUUUACUUUGAUGAGAACGAGGUCUCGGUCCGGCUCGGUUUCUCACCGGGCGUGGCCCAGCCGAACAAGCUACUCUUUGAGAUCAAGUCGCAGCGACCAGG